AUGAGCGGCGGCCCGGGAGGUGGCGUACCGGCGUGCGCCGUAGAGGGUCCUGGUCGCUGGGAGAAUGCCUUCGUGGAGCCGAAGGCGAACAGCACGUUCCACGCUGGCGACGCGGUAGCCAUGGACUGGUUUGCCGGGAAGGUGCCUUUCUCAGACGGGAACCAGCCUGCCAUAGCCGUUACAGUGGUGCUACAGGGGACGUCUGGGGCCCCGAGCGUGACGAUCCACAGCCUACCUCCGGCCCCACCCUCAAGCAGAUCUGGCUUGUCUGCGGGCGCAAAAGCGGGCAUCGGCGUCGGCGUGGUGCUUGCAGCGGCGCUGCUCGCGCUGUUAGGUUGGUUCCUGUGGCGCCGAAGACAUGCAGCCCAGACUUCGGGCGUCGAGCGGUUCGAAAAGGCAGAGCUAGCCGCCGACGGCGAAAUCCCGCCCAAGGAGGCAGGGGGAACUAAGAUCAUUGAAAUGGAUGCCGAGAACGCGCAGAGAGGACAAGUACCACAGCAACUCGACCCGGCCGAGUUACACGGUGAUCCUGUUCAUCCUACAGAAAUUCUUUCUCCAAUGCCGACUGGAGUUCAAACAGAGAGAGGAAUUGGCGACGCUUGA